GUCUACACCGGCCUUGCUGGAUUCUGGGGAGGUGUGUGUGAAAAGCGCAAGGCAGCCUGAGCCCCGGCUCCCCCUGUGUCAGUGUGGUUGUGAGCCCUGGUCUCCCGGUCUCCUCGUGUCCCGGUCUCCAGCUCCGCGAAGUUUGGGCUGUUUUGUAUUCCUCCAGAUCCUACGGGAAGCCUCUUAUUGGUAGGUCCCGCACGUUACAUCACCGCCAUGGUGACGCGCCGUCUUCCUCCUUCCUUCAUCCGCGUCUUAAAGUGCAUCUUUUGUCGGGCGGGGAUGAGAGAGAGAGAGAGACUCUCUCACACACAGGCUCCCUUUCGCCUGCAGCUCGGACAGGGAGACACGACUGCGAUCCAGGGGAAAGGAGGAAAAAAAAGCACGCAGCUGAGCCGCGCGACGAGAGCCCCUCUCUCUUCAUCAUCUUCAUCUCCUUUUUUUUUUUUUUUUACUCAUCACUCCUGCAUCGCAUUGAACAUUUAGAACAGUCAUCGUCGGGAGAACGGCCCUCUCUGUCCUCCUCUCAUUUGCGAAAGAAGGAGCUCAGUUUCCUCUCAUCUCUGGAGGUCCUGGGGUUCCAGAGCUGUGCCCAGCUGCUAGGCCUUUGAAGAUGGCACAAUAACAGUCCAGUGAUGCCUGACCAUGACAGCGUAGCCCUCUUAAACAGACAAACCAAGAGAAGAAGAGUUGACAUUGGAGUGAAAAGGACUGCAGGGACAGCAUCGGUAGCCUUUGCCCGAGCGAGAGCCUCUGUAUUCAGUGCCAUGAAUUCCCACAGUGCCGAGCAGGACGUGGAGUGUUCGGUGGUGCAGCAUGCGGACGGGGAAAAGUCCAAUGUGCUGCGCAAGCUGCUGAAGAGGGCCAACUCGUACGAAGAUGCCAUGAUGCCCUUCCCCGGUGCCACCAUCAUCUCCCAGCUGCUGAAGAACAACAUGACCAAAAAUGGCAGCAAUGAGGCCACCUUCCAGGGCAGCGCCCUCUCCAGCACAGGGUCCGAAAUCCACCAGGAGGACGCCUGCAGCAACUCGUCCCGGGAGAGUCCGCAAGACUGUCUGUCCCCGUUCAGCAGGCCCACUAUGAGCCAGUUCGAUAUCGAUCGACUCAGUGACGAGCACCUGAGGGCCAAACGUGCCCGGGUGGAGAACAUAAUUCGUGGUAUGAGCCACUCACCCAGUGUUACCAUGCGGACCGGCGAGCAUGACAGGGAGGGUCCACCGCAGCCGCCCAGCAGCCCCCGAGAGAGCUACCGGGAGAACAAGCGGAAGCAGAAACUGCCCCAGCAGCAGCAGCAGAGCUUCCAGCAGCUGGUCUCAGCGCGCAAGGAGCAGAAGCACGAGGAGCGGCGUCAGCUGAAGCUGCAGCUGGAGGACAUGCAGAAGCAGCUGCGGCAGCUGCAGGAGAAGUUCUACCAGAUCUAUGACAGCACCGACUCGGAGAAUGAUGAGGACGGGAACGUGUCAGAGGACAGCCUGCGCUCAGAUGGCAUGGACCAGCGCGCGCACGACUCGGCGGCUGACCGCUCCGACAACGAGAUGUCCGACCUGGACCCCAGCCACUUCCUGGACCGAGCACGCGCCCUGAUCCGGGAGCAGGCAGUCAUGACGGAGGGGGACAAGCCCAAACGUGAUGGUCCCCGGGGAAAGGGACAGGGGCCACCCUCCAUGCAUGAAGAGGGCAAGCAGCUCGCAGAGACUCUUAAGCAAGAGCUGAACACGGCCAUGUCCCAAGUGGUGGACACAGUGGUGAAAGUCUUCUCUAAACCCCCACGCCCAGUUCCUCAGGUCUUCCCGCCACUCCAGAUGCCUCAGGACCGGUUCCCAGUCAAUGGCGAAAACCCCAACUUCCACACGGCCAACCAGCGGUUGCAGUGUUUUGGCGACGUCAUCAUUCCCAAUCCCCUGGACAGCUUCGGCAACAUGCAGGUCCCCAGCACCAAUGACCAGACGGAAGCUCUGCCCCUGGUGGUCCGAAAGAACUCCUCGGACCAGUCGUCUUCUCUGCCCACCCCCGGCGGGCACCAUCACCCCUCCCUGCAUCCCUCCCCUUUGUCUGCCACCAUGGGGUUUAGCCCUCCAUCUUUCCGGCAUCCCUUCCCCCUUCCACUUAUGGGUUACCCUUUUCAGAACCCCUUGAGCACCUCCUCGGGGGCGUACCCGGGCAAAGACAGGGCCUCGCCGGAGUCUCUAGACCUGUCCAGGGAGACGACCAGCCUCAGGACCAAGAUGUCAUCAAAUCACCUGAACCACCAUCGCUCCUGUUCACCGACACACCCAGGAAGCACCACAGAAGGCCUGUCCUUGUCCUUGAUCAAAUCCGAAUGUGGGGACCUUCAGGACAUAUCUGACAUCUCUCCAUAUUCAGGAAGUACAAUUCAGGAAGGCCUGUCUCCGAAUCACUUGAAAAAGGCCAAGCUGAUGUUCUUCUACACAAGAUACCCGAGCUCCAACAUGCUGAAAAUGUUCUUCUCCGAUGUCAAGUUCAACAGGUGCAUCACGUCCCAGCUCAUCAAAUGGUUCAGCAACUUCCGUGAGUUCUACUACAUCCAGAUGGAGAAGUUCGCCCGGCAGGCUAUCAACGACGGAGUGACCGCAUCGGAGGAACUCAGCGUCAGCCGGGACUGUGAGCUCUACCGCGCCCUCAACAUGCACUACAACAAGGCCAACGACUUUGAGGUUCCGGAGCGGUUCCUGGAAGUGGCGCAGAUCACGUUACGGGAGUUUUUCAAUGCCAUCGUGGCAGGCAAAGAUGUUGAUCCUUCCUGGAAGAAGGCGAUAUACAAGGUCAUCUGCAAGCUGGACAGUGAAGUCCCCGAGAUUUUCAAAUCUCCCAAUUGUCUGCAAGAGCUCCUGCAUGAGUAAAGGUUUCCAUUGCCCCCCAGCCCACACACACACACACGCAGCCCAGUGCCCCUCCCUUUUGAAUGUAUGAAGUAUGAAGUAGCAUUCCCGUUUGGAUGCCCUGGCUAUUCUGGGAUAUCCUAGUUGUUUUUUUUUUUCUUCUUCUUCUUCUCCUGAAAGGUCUUUGAACCCAUUGGGUGUUUUGACUGUGUGGAUCCCUCUUUCUCUAUGCCCCAUAACUAGCUGGGUGGGGGGUUACCCCUUCCCUGCAGCCUGGUGGCUAAUUAUACUGUUAACCUGAAAUUCUAUUCAUUUGGUCACUAAUAGGGCUCUGUUUCGCCGAGAGAUGUUUGAAAUGUGUGCCGUUGUUCUGCAGAAUAAGACAAUACAUUUACAGAUUGUAUAGAUGUAAUUAUUAUUUAUAA